CUUUCGCAAGAUGCAUGUGAUGCGAGCAAAAGACUCAGUCGGAAGACUUCAUUGGUAAAGACUCCGGCCAAAGUAUCAUUUAAUUUCAAUAUUUAAAUCGGGUUGGACACCCUAUUUGUACAAUGUUUGUUUUCAUUUUUCCAUUUGCUUACAGUUAGAUUUGAGGGGUGGUUUUUGGCCGUUUCAACUCUGUCAUUGCAGCUGAAUCGCCAUACCUACUAUCUAUCUUCAUAUCUAACACAUCUCCAAACUUCCAAAUUUCAAAAAUUUCUCUUUUAUUGAAUCCAAGUUUGGCACUACAAUGGGUGUUCAUUCUAGCAAAGUAAAGGAACAACAUCUAGACGUGGAGCCAGAAUUUAGCUCCUAUGAUGCGGCGUGUCAAAUCGACCCAUAUCUCAAAGCAUUUGAUUCGGCCCUCCAACAAAACACCACCGGAGUCAUCAACACCUUCGCGGAGGGCGUCGAGGGCCGGCCACUCUCUCUGGACUCACUGAAAGUUCUCACAGACAGCUUCCUUAAAAUGAAUCAACAAGCGGGGGAACACAUUCUCCAAUGCAAAAUUGACAUAGUGAAGAAUGAUGACCUGCGUGAUGUUGGGAAGGACUACUUCGACAACAGUUUUCAGACUUUGAAGUUUUGUAACGCUCUCGAGAAGUGCCUCAAGCGUGCCCGAGACAGCCAAGUGAUGAUUGGAGGCGGUUUACAGCAAUUCGAGAAAGAACAGAGACAAGGGUCGGAUGGGAAUAGGAAAAUCUAUUUGAAGACGCUACAGGAAUUGAAGAAAUUCAAGAAUGCAGGUAACCCAUUUACUGAAGAAUUCUUCUCCUUGUUAAAAUCUGUUUAUGAGAACCAAAAGUUAAUGUUAGAGAAAUUGAAAGCUAAGAAGAGUGAGCUUGAUAAGAAGUUGAAGGAAAUGAAGACUUGGAGGACUGUAAAGAAUGUAAUUUUGGGGUUGACUGUUGCUUCUCUUGUGAUAUGUUUUGUUGUGGUGGUCGCGAUUUAUGCACCUAAUAUGGCGACGGCCUUGGUUGCUAGUGUUGUUACGGAGUUGGGGACAACGGGUUCUGUUACUUCAACAGGGUUUAUGAUGAGCUUAGGGAAAGCCGCUAUGGAAUUGAUCGGGACAACGAGUGGUGUUGUUGCAACGGCUUUGACGGGCUUGCCGGCUGCAGCUGCAGGAUUUGGGGCAAUUAUUGUAUGCACUGAUUCCCUUUGUAUGAAGUAUGAGGAUGAACUGAAAGCACAGAGAGAGAUAAUUAGUUCAUUAGAGGGUCGGACAGAAAUUGCAGUCGCGGAGUUGGAGAACAUUAACUUAAGUAUGGAGAAAUUGGAAGGUGAGAUUGAGUCAAUGUUGAAGAAUGCUGAUUUGGAUCUUACAGAAGAGGCGGCUGUGGUGCUGGCUAUGGAUGCGAUCAAAGAGGAGCUGAAUAAGUUUACGCAAACCAUCAAGAGUUUUAGUAAACAUAUUGAUGACUGUAGCCGUCAUAUAAUGACGGCGAGGGAGGAGAUUUUGGAGGAGAUUAUCAAAUAUCGCAGCAGAAAGUGAAAUAACACCUUGGUAUGUAUUACUAAUUCAUUAAUUUACAAAACGAAUGUGACUUGGGUUUUUUUAUUGUGAGCUAGGGGGCUAUGCAGAUUCUAAAUUUUUCUUAAAGGAAAAUCUUCACUUGUUAGCUUUAGUACUACAUUUCAGAUCCUUCAUUUUAAUUAAACUGUGCUAGUUUCACUAAAUUUGGAAGCUGCUAACAACUUUUAUGUUUUUGUGCUGCAAUUUUUUUGGAAAAAGUUGUCCAUACUUCACAUCCUUCUUUUACACAUUUCAUUCAAAGAGGACCCAUUUAGAUGUCCCCCUAGCUAGUUUUGAACAGCCUGAUUCACUUUUUAGACGACCUCUUAAUUUAAAAUCUAUCACUUUGGAUGGAUUCAUUUUGAGGAAAUGACAGCUGUAACAAAAUGAUCUUAAACAUAUGAACUUUUCCAAAGACAAGUCAGAGGACAAGAAGUUUGUUCAAAUCUCCUAUUUCUUUAAUGGCCAAGUGGAUGUAGAUUCUUGCAUUAAAACUUUGCAUUUAAAGAGGUAGAUUCUUGCAUUAAAACACUACAUGAAAUUUGGCCCAUUUCUAUGCCUUCGCAUAAUUUUAUUUUAUUUUUUAUUUUUAUUUUUGUUUUUUUGGUUUAAAAGAUAAGCUUGUGUAUAAAUAAGAAUGAAUGUACUUUGUGUCCCUAAAUAGGGUGGAAAACAUGAAAAAACUCUAGCAAGAAUCAUCAAAAGUAAAUUACAAUAAUCAAUGAGUUAGUGGUCUAGCGGUAUCAAACAUUUACUUCCCAAAGGGUGGUCAAGAGUUCAA